AUGGCGACGCCGCCGUGGGUGAUCCUCAACCGCAUCCUCCGCGUCGGCCCCCGCGACGCGGCCCCGGGAGCGGCGGCGCAGGAGCAGGAGCAGCACGCCGCGGGCGCAGCCGCGCCCGGGCCCGACUUCACCCUCGAGGUCGCACUGCCGCCGCGGGUCACCGUCCUCGGCGCGGGCCGCGCAGUCCACCCCGACCCCAACAACCGCGACCCGUUCCCCUACAUCAUCGCCGCCAGCCGCCACUGCCUCCUCGCCCACUUCUCCGUCUCGCCCUUCCACGGCACCCAAUUCUACAACUCCACCUUUUUUAGCCACCUCGUCGUGGUGCGCGACUUCCAAACGGUGCCGGGAAGCCGGGCGGCGGCAUCCGUGGUGCGCAUCCCCGGACGGACCGGCCGCCUCCCCGUCCUCUGGAACCUCCAGAACGUCGCCCUCGCCACCAACGGCGCAGGCAACUACAUGAUCGCCGAGCUCCAGGCUGACAGGAGCAGCGACCGCGCCACGCUCGUCUACCUCCGAUCGGACCGCUACGACGGGUGGGUCGGGAAGCACGUGGCGUACCCCCUGGCGGGGCACGUCCGGGAGCGGAUUCCCCACGGCGCGGUCCACGUCGACGGCAGGCUCUGGUGGUUCGACCUCACGUGGGGGAUCCUCAGCUACGACACCUCGUUCACGGAGCCGGGCUUGGCCUUCCACGACCUCCCGGAUGACCGUCGCCUCGACCAGGAACCGCCGUACCUCCACACCAAGCGCUGCGUCGCGGGGAGCGGAAACAAGCUGCGGUACGUGGAGAUCAUCAUCACCGAGGGCGAAGCAGCGAGGGUGUCCAUGUGGUCGCGGAGCCGCACUCCGGAUGGGGCUGGGUGGCAGUGGGAAGCGGAUUACGCGGUGAGCUUCGAGGAGAUCUGGGACGACGACAGCUACAAGGAGACCGGGCUGCCGCGGGACGUCCCCUUGCUCGUGGUCGUGUGCCCGUCAGACCCCAACUUGGUCUACUUCGCCCUGGAGCAGCACAUGUUCGGCGUCAAUGUGCCCGCGCGCAGGGUCGUGCACCACGGGGCCUUUGAGCCCCUGAACUCGCCAUGGCCAGAGCCGGUCUCCAGCCGCUACGUUGUCCCUUGGGUCCUUCCACCAGAGGUUGCCCAAGCACUGCCGCCGCCGCCGCCGGAUCCAAGCGUUCCUCAGCUAGACGUGUUGUUGGCUGCAGCAGACCUCUGCCGCAUGAAGCAUGACCUUAGUGGAUUGCAAUCGCAAGCAGAGGGCGGCGGAUGUCGUGAAGUUGCUUAA